CCUACUUAUACAUUAUUGGGCGGUACUCUCGAGUACUACAGGUACUUCCUUAACUCCGGCACCCCGUCCACCACCGUAGGUAGACACAGGCACCGCACCGGGUACUGUGUGGCUUAAACCGCGCUGGGGGAGAGGGUGUGGGGGCUGGUGUGGCUACACCCAGGUACCUCUUCCGGGCGCCACGUCGGAGGAACUACACGUACACGUAUGACUCAACACCUAUGAGUUCCUGAACUGACAAGAAAUCCCGGCGCCUCCUCUCCUGGUUGGCCUGGCAAAUUAUGUCAUCAUAGCCUGUUGUGCGGUUACCCAAGUAAACAAGCUCAAGAGAAAAAAACAACAACACAUCGCCGUCACCAGCCCGACUUACGUUGUAUGAGAUGAACAUAAAGCAAGAGAAAAAAAAAACAUCCCCGCAUCUCAAUACCUGCCCUUCCCACGAAUACUCCCCCGCCACUCUAUCGUGGCAUUGUUAGCCCACCGCAUACAACCGAAGCUUCCACCAAGUCUGUUCUACACCCCACAGUCUGGAAUUCAGCCCAAGAAUAACCUCGACCCGACCGGAACUCCAGUUGUCGCGAGAUCAGAGUGCAGGAGACGCUAGAGAAGCCAUCAUACUAGACCACGACGAGCCAGCCACGAGACAUUGCACAUCGUCAUGGUCAAGGAGCAAGCUCCGCCUAGGGUGCAGCGGCGUCCCCUAGAACCCAACGCGACGAGCGGAAAUAAUGGCACGGAAAACCCAAGCCGAUCCGCCGACAAGCCACGAGGCUUCGUAACCGUCAACACCGGAGGCUACGGUUCUACCAACUCUCCUUCUUCCCCCUUGGCCGCGAAUCCCGCUCCGGAGCCGGCCACCAAGCUCCGAGCCCCAUCAGGCGGCAGCAGCAUGGAGGACAAGUACGCGAAGCUAUUCAUCCAGCCGACGAGUCGGCCCGAACACCACCGACCUCAACGUAUCAACGGUCCGCUGCAGCCCUCGUUUAAGGAUAAGAAGCCUGCGGCGCCUCCCAUGUUCGAUACUGCGAGCUCUGGCGCGAUAGGGUCGGCCGGAAAUCCCAUAUCGAUUCUCGACGGUGCGCCAAUCUCGAGAUACACCCAGCCAGGCAUUUUCUCCUCGUACGUCGAUCCGAAACAGGCGGCCGCCAAUAUCAAAGCUUUGCUCGAGGGCUCCAUAGAAGAUGAGGAUAACAACGACGUAAAGGUGGAAGAAGGCGGCGACAGAUUUCACGUAGAGGGCCUCAGCGUCCCGUUGCUACCGCAUCAAGUCGAAGGCGUGGAGUGGAUGAAAGGCCGUGAGCUCGGCCCCGUAAAGAAGGGCAAGGUGCCCAGGGGCGGUCUUCUCGCUGAUGAUAUGGGUUUGGGGAAGACGCUGCAGUCCAUAGCCCUCAUCCUAAGCAACAGAAAGCCGGAAGAUAAGCACCCAGGGGUCGAGAAGACCACGUUGGUCGUCGCGCCCUUAGCUCUCAUCCGCCAGUGGGAGGCCGAGUUAAAGGAGAAGGUAACCGAGCCGCACAGGCUCAAGGUCCUUGUGCACCACGGCCCGCAGCGCUCCAAACGCUUCGAAGAUCUCCGCCGAUACGAUGUGGUCAUUACAACGUACCAGAUCCUAGUAUCGGAGCAUAGUCAUACCACGGAGAGGCUUAAGACCGGCUGCUUCGGUCUCCACUGGUACCGCGUUAUCCUAGACGAGGCACAUACCAUCAAAAACAGAAACGCCAAGGCUACAAAGGCUUGCUACGAACUCCGGAGUGUCUAUCGUUGGUGUCUCUCUGGUACCCCGAUGCAGAAUAGCUUAGACGAAUUGCAAAGCUUGGUUAAGUUCCUCAGAAUCCAGCCCUAUGACGAUCUCAGAGAAUGGAAGGACCAUUUCGAUCAACCGAUGAAGAAUGGAAAGGGCGAGGUUGCCAUGCGGCGCCUCCACAGCUUGCUACAGUGUUUCAUGAAGCGCAGGGUAAAGGAUAUCCUCAAGGAGGCUGGCGCUCUCGAUGCCGGUGGGAAGGAAUCCAAAAAAGGUGAUCAGGGUGCGCCGACUUCGGGUUUCAAGGUCACCGAGAGGAAGGUUAUGACGAUCGCCGCCGAGUUUACCCCGGCAGAGAGGCGUUUCUACAACAGGCUGGAACAACGAACAGACAAGAGCAUCGAAGCGAUGAUGAGAAGCAAGCUCAACUAUGCCAGCGCGCUAGUACUUCUCCUGCGUUUGAGGCAGGCCUGCGACCACCCGAAAUUGGUGGAGGGCAAGCUCGAGAAGGACAAGGACGCCUUGUCCGAAGAAACGAAACAGAAAAAGGGCGAUGCCGACGUUGACGAUCUCGCAGACCUUCUCGGCGGCUUAGAUGUCGAGGCCAAGCACUGUGACAUAUGUGGCUGGGAACUAAGCCGUGAAACCCGCCAGCCCGGUACCGACAAAUGCAAAUCAUGCCACGAAGACUUGGAAUAUUUCAAGCAUCACGAGGAAGGUGGGAAGUUGAAAGCCCCGAAAAUGAAGACAAAAAAAAAGAACAAGACCGAGAAGGCUGCGGAGGAAAAAAUCAAGACCGAAGUAGUGAAGAAGCGGAAGCCGAGAAACCGGCGCGCAAUUAUUGACAGCGACUCGGAAGAGGAAGAGGGCGAAUGGGUCGUCUCUGGCGACGAGCAAGGCCCUCUACGCUUAGGAAAAGCCGGCGGCACUGACGACGAGAACGCCGAGGGCGACGGUGAGACCAUCAACUCAGAGGAUUCUGAAGAGGAGGAAUCGCAAGAUGGCAGCCGUCUCAGCAGCUUCGUCGUCGAGGACGGGAGGGACACCAGCCGCGAGGGUCUCCGUCGAGCUUUAGAUCAAUCCGACUCCGAGGACGACUCGUUCGAGUCUGUCUCGGCUAUCGAGGCCAGAAUAAGCCAGGCUCAGUCCCAUGUUAGCAAGGAUGAGGAGGAGGACGACGACGACGGCGGCGAUGACGAUGAUGAUGACAAGGACCCAGAGGAGGACACAGCUUCAGAGUCCGAUUCCGAGACCGGCACCGGUAUCUCUGAAUCCGAGAUCAAUUCGGAUUCAGAGGACGACAACACCUAUGACACCUCCCGGGUACGUGGCCGCGGGAGGGAGGAGACGCCGCACGUGUUGGCAUCGGCCAAGAUCCGGCAACUCAUCUCACUGCUACACAAGGAAGUGCAUGAGCACAAGUUCAUCGUGUUCUCACAAUUCACGAGCAUGCUGGACCUGGUGGAGCCCUUCCUCCGCAAGGAGGGUAUCCGGUACACGCGAUAUGACGGGAGCAUGCGCAACGACGCGCGGGAGGCGGCGCUCGAGUCGCUACGGAAAGACGCGCGGACACGAGUACUGCUGUGCUCGCUGCGGUGCGGAGCGCUGGGCCUGAACCUGACCGCGGCCAGCCGGGUGAUCAUCUUGGAACCGUUCUGGAACCCGUUCGUCGAAGAGCAGGCGAUCGACCGGGUGCACCGGCUGACGCAGACGGUGGACGUGAUCGUGUACAAGCUCACGAUCGCCCACACGGUGGAGGAGCGCAUCCUAGAGCUACAGCAGAAGAAGCAGCUGCUCGCCGAGGCGGCAAUCGAGAGCGCCGCCACGGGCAAGCGCAAGGACGCGCUCAAGCUCGGCCUCAAGGAAAUGCUAGACCUUUUCAAGCACGUCGACGGCGACGGCGGCAGCGGUGGUAGAGGCAGGAGGAGCGGCGGACAGGACGACGACGGGUCUGAUGAUACGGCAUCACGAGAUGGCAACGAUACCUCGACGACUUCUGCGCACCGUAAUACUAGGGGUAAGAGGGGAGAGGUGAUGGGGAGUGAUUCGCGGAAGCCGGAAAACUCGAUUUAUGGACGUCGAUGGUGAUCAGGACGAGGCACGGGCGUUGCAGGUCGGCUCAUACAUGGACGGCUCCUCUAUCAAUCGUGGGAUGGCUCGCUAGCUUAUACGGACGGGACAUGCCAUGUUGCUUUCUCUGGGACGACGUAUCCUGUUGGUGUCGGACGAGAUGUAGGUAUGCGAGAUAUAGACGGUGGAGUUUUAUCACGAUUACGAUGUCAAUGACCCCGAACUGCAAAUCGUAUCCAGGUACCUGCAAUAGCAUUGUGGCAGACGUUAACUUAACCCAGCCGCCUAAGCACAUAUGCACCUAUCCAACUUGCCAUGUGUUGGAAGGAACCGGCACAGCGCGGGAAUGCCGGGUGACGUUAUAGCUGCUCGGAGACUACCCAGGUAGGUAUCUCGCACCCGCACCUGCCUCGUCCUUCGGAAUAAAUC